CAUCCUGAUUAACGAUAAAGAUUUAUUGGUAAUUAUUGGACUGAUGCUUCUCUACAAACAAAUUUUAUCCGACAGCUUAUUUUGUUAAGACAUCUGACUCUUAUUUCAGCUUUGGAAUGUUUGAGACAAAUUCGAUUUAACGAAAGAUAAAUAUUAGCCUUUUAAAAAUGACUUUGAAAUAUUAUUUAGGUAUAACGGAUUACGUAAUAAUUGGAGCAUCCCUUUUGAUUUCAGCAGGUAUCGGUAUAGCCUCUAGGUAUUUUGGCGAGAAUCAAAAUACAAUUAAAUUAUUUAUAGUAGCUGGUAAGAAAAUGUCAAAAGUACCAGCCAUUUUAUCCCUUGUAGUCACUGUUAUAUCGCCAUCAACUUUUCUAUCGACGCCAGUGGAAAUUUAUAAAUAUGGCAUUACGUUAUUGACCUAUAUUAUAACACUUUCUGUAGGAAUAUUUUUAGCAUCAUGGAUAUUUGUUCCUGUGUACUUUCAAACUAACGUUUAUACUGUUAAUGAGUUUUUAGAGUAUCGAUUUGGAAAAACAAUAAGGUGCAUAAUUUCUAUUGUUCUUCUAUUACAAAUGGUGUUUUAUAUGUCGAUGGCUCUAUCAGAAGCUGUUUUAUCUUUUAAUUCAAUAACGAAUUUGUCUAUCUAUUUUAAAAUAUAA